CCGACUUGAAUACCGCAGGCUGAGUAACGACCUUCAAAAACCCUAAUUUUAUAAGUAUACACAGACUCUCAUUUCGUGCGGCGGCAACAGCAGCAGCUAAUCGUAUCUUCUGCGCUUUGGAACCCUAGAGUAACAAAAUCAUCAACAGAUUCCAUGGCGCCUAAGAAAGAGAAAGCCCCCCCACCGUCAUCUAAGCCCGCCAAGUCAGGCGGAGGAAAGCAGAAAAAGAAGAAGUGGAGCAAAGGAAAGCAAAAGGAGAAGGUGAACAACAUGGUUCUAUUCGACAAGGCCACAUAUGACAAGCUUCUUACCGAAGCUCCAAAGUUCAAACUCAUCACUCCUUCAAUCUUAUCAGACAGAUUAAGGAUUAAUGGAUCAUUGGCUCGUAAAGCAAUCAAGGAUUUGAUGGCAAGAGGGGCUAUCAGGAUGGUAUCUGCUCAUGCUAGCCAGCAGAUCUACACCAGGGCCACCAAUACUUGAGAGAUAUCUGCAACUCUUAAGACUUAAAGGCAUGAUUUUCUUAUUUCCGCUUCUUAUUUUUGUCAUCUGUAACAUUUAGGAGCUCUGUUUUUUACUCUUUGCAAUACUUUUGUUUUGAUUUUUGUCAUCUGUUACUAUGCUAUAUUCAGAUUAAAUUUUGCUUUUUCUCCCUCUCCAAA